CCGAUAAGGAUGCUUUACAUUUUAGAUUACCUGUAAACUUUUGACAAAAUUCUGUGUAGAAUUGAAUUAGAAUCAUGAGCAUUGCAGAGAAAAUCUAGAGAAAUCGGAGAGUUCUCCACGCAACGGAUAUUUCCUCUGUUCGAUCGCAGCGGCAACUUGUGGAAUUCAUUGGAACUUGUAAUCAUGUUUUCCCUUCGCGAUUGCUCAAAAAUCCCCAAUUUCUCACAGAAAUUCAUUGCAUUAGCCAUCACGAGCCAUCGAAGAUGCAGCACCGGCGCUCGGGCAGUUCAGCACUACAGCUAUGAUCGUGAUCCUGCCCCGCAGUUUUUCAGCGGAAAAGUCCAGAAAUUACUGAAGUCUCUGACAAGAAUGGACCUGGACAAGGUGUUUCGUCGUCGGACAAUGCCUAGAAAUACGGUGAAUUAUAAAUUCUUGACCACGGAACAAGUGCAAAGAGAAGUGGAAGAUGGUCUCCGGAAAGCCAGAAGAUUGCUCCAAAUGCCUCCAGUGGUGCAAAUAAAAGAGCCAGAGCACAAAAUCAUUUCCGAUGACACAGGACUGGCCAACUACUCCACGUCUGACAUAAUUUUCACCGACAUAACUUACGGCGUGAGCGAUUUUAAGCGGAAAAUUUUCAUCAGGAAGGUUGAUGGGAAAUUGGAAUCUGCUCCACAGGAUGUCAGGAAGCGCUUGAAUCAGAUUUAUUUCCCGUCGGUUGGUCGCACGAUACGCACACCAAAGAUGUUCGAGCCUGAGUAUCUGAAGAAGUGUCUCGAAGAUCACAAAUAUGAAUUUAUUCUGAACAGACUCACAGUUCAGUUUGAGCCCUACGAAAAGGACUUUCACGAUGUCGCAGCCCAGACUUUUCUACACUUGAACGAGUCCCGGGAGUUUAAUCAACUCCGCUCCACGCGACAUUUUGGCCCGAUGGCUUUCUUCCUUGCCUGGCAUCGCCUCACGGACAACCUGCUUUUCGACAUGAUCAAGAGAGACUUCCUCAUGAACGGUGUGGAAUUGGUAGAACUUCAGUGCCAUCUUAACAAUCUUCCGUUGCCCGCUGAGGAGCUCUUCAAUCAGCUGAAUAGCUUGAGAGGCCAAGAAACGACGUCUGGCAGCGCUCUUGAGCAUCAAAUUGAGAAUCAAGUGGGAAAAUCCGAGGAGGAAUUGACUCUGGAUCGCCUAUGUAUGGAUAUUCUGAAGGAAUUUGUGCAGAGUCACGCGCAAAAGAAGGCCCAACUGGAAUUGGCAUUGCAGACCCACGCAGAAGCUUUGGAGGAAAAGAAGCGCAUUCUGGAUGGCUUGAAAACCGCCCAUGGAAUUAAUUAAUUCACAUCAAAGAUCAUGUUUAGAUGAAAUAGAUAGUUUCACCGCUAUUUAA